AUGCCAGCCUCGCAAGGAACACGCGCCAGAAUAACUUUCGAAUUGAGGACUGCAUGCACAGUCUAUUCAUACCCAUCGCACGGCGGUAUCACCAUGAAGAGGUUUACAAACCCCGAGCUGGAGCACCUUGGCCUCUCACACAAGAUGUCAGAUUCAGGACCGCUCUCCGACCAAGAGCAAGAGGACGCGUUCGCGCUACGUAUGCUCCACCUAGGCGCGCGUUGGUGGCCAUCCCUCAAGUUCUACGACCGCCACACAAGAGACGAACCAUAUCCCUACGGCCACCACUUCCCAUCCGACCUACAUGUUGCCUACACGCCUACCGGUUCUGGCAUCUGGGUCCUGGUGAUAUGGGCUGAGAACUCGCAAACAUGGUUGGAGGAAUACGAUCCGCCCCGAAAGCCCGAAGACUGGGUGGACUUGGCGUAUUGCAGAACAAUGGAGGAGUGA